GAGUAAAUUUAUGCUCGCAGGACGAAGAAACUUCGACGAACUCCGCGUCAGCUGUUCAGAACUCAAACUUCCAGGGGAGAUGGACUUUAAAUUUAAAUGAUUAAAAAGAUAGAUUCAUAAGAAGUUACUGUGAGAAAAUGUCGGCAAUCAAAGAUUUCUUUAAGAAGAAGAAGGUUGAGGCAAAGUUUAAGCUUGCUGGAGGAGGACAUAAGCUUGGAGAUGCUGCAGCAGCACAAGCAGCUUCCAGCGCUUCAGCUGCUGCCGCCGCCAGGCAACAGAAGACAGCACAACGGCAACAUCCAAGCAGCUCCGCCCAGCAGGCUGGAGCUGCAGCACUAAACAGGAUAUCGGAGCAGCAGAGUAAGCAGACCGAAGAAUUCCAGAAGAACAGGCAGAGGGCGCUGAUCAAGGAGCAGGCAAGGAGGGAGCUGGAGAAGGAGCAGAUGAUGGAGAAGGAGAUAGAAAAGUUAAAGAGUGUUUACGGAGAGCGUGAACCUCAAGAGUUUGAGGCUCCGUCCCAGCUGGCUGCUCAGGGUGUGUUCUUUAAGUGUCCUCUCAUUGGUGAAUUCGUCCUACCAAGGGAAGAGAUGAAGAUGAAGAUUAAAGAAUUUCUCUACAGUCAGCUGGAACAGGAGAGAGGACUCACUGCAGUUCUUAUUAUUCACACCUGCAACAGCCCUAGGGACAAGGUUCAGCUCGGAGUGGACACCCUCUGCAAGUAUAUUGACAAUAUUCUACUAAACCCGACCGAGGAGAAGUUCAGGAAGAUCAGGAAGAGCAACAAAGCGUUCAAGGAGAGGGUUGGAAGCAUGGAAGGAAGCGAGGAGUUUCUCCUGGCUUGUGGAUUCAAGAUUUGUUUUCUUCCUGGACCUGAGGGGGGAGAAGAAGAGUUUUGGGUUCUUGAAGAAUCAAGUGAAAUCGAACAUCUUGCGAUGCUCCAGGAUUCCUUGAAGAGUUGCGAACCUCUCACUGCUGAACUUGAUCGAGGUCUUAUCAUCCUUCCUCCAGGUAGCGGUGGAGUAUCUGGGAUGGGAUCCCUACCCUCAGAUUUCUUCUCCAUUACCUCAGAGGAACUCAAGAAGGAUCAGCAGAAUAAAUCUGAAUUACUAGAACGAGAAAUGAUGCUGAGAACCAAGGCGAUGCGAGAAAAGGAAGCAUCAGUUGGAAGGCGUAAAUAUAAAUACUGUUUAGUUCGGAUUAGGUUCCCAGACGGAUUUAUACUACAGGGAACGUUCUCUGUAUACGAAUCUAUAUCUGCUGUCCACGAGUAUGUUACGGAGAAUCUGGAGAACCAGCUCCCGUUCCUUCUACUAGACUCGGUUACCGGAGCUAAGUUCACCAAUGAAGAAUCUUCUCUUCUAGAUCUUGGAUUGGUUCCUGCCUCUUUGUUCAAUUUCUCGUGGCAUCCUGAUAUUGAAGGAGAUCUAGGAGAUAUAUCUACACUUCCUUAUCUCAAAACUAGUCUCACUUCACAGUUCUGAAAUACCCUCAAGAAGAUCUAGGAGAUAUAUCUACACUUCCUUAUCUCAACACUUUUCAAACAUCACAGCUUUGAAAUAAUUUCAGAAAUCCUGAAAAACUUAUGAUUAAAAAUAUGCGAAUUAUUUAUUUAGCUUAAAAACAUAUUAUUUACA